AUGGCAGCGUUGAAAUCAAAUCCACCAGGAGAAUUUAAUGCUUUAGAUUUUGCUCUCUAUUGGAGCCCUCAGAGAGAGACGGCUGAAAUGUACCGGCAAUGGGCGGCCCAUCGAAACCCUAACACAGAGAGCUGCCUAAACUCACAUGAGCUAUGGGAUUCCCUGGUAUGGAAAGAAUUUGUGUGGCUUUGCAGGAAAGAGGGUCAGAUGCCAGAACACCUAGAGUGGCUCGAAGCCCUCGACCUUAUCAAAGGUCACGUUUGCUCUGGAGGAACAACACAGAUCGCUUCUCUUGCAUAUGAAGAUAUCUUUGCCACAAUUACAGAGCAUGUUCUGAAAGUGCAGGUUCAGGAGCGAUUUAUCAAAGCCAUACAGUGGGUUUUUCUCAAGUCAGUUCAUUUUCGCGCUCUGGGCGCUCAGGUGCGAGGUAAGGUGCAUUUGGAUUUCUUUGCUGCACUGAAUUCUCAGUCAAACAAUCCUGCUCCUCUCUACUAA